AUGGGGGGCGAUGGCGGCUCUUUUUCACACCGCACCGAGAUGGUGCGGACGAAAGGAUUUAAAUUCCUCCGCAAUUUAGGAGGAAUGGGAUAUACUCCAAAUACUCAAAUACGAGAAGGGGACGAACGAUUGGGCAAAAACGAAAGCCGCGAUCUCCGCAGCUCUGCAUGUGCUUACUCGCAGGAGAAACUUCAACCUCCACUUCUGGCAUGUAGAAUUGGCCGUUUGUACAACAAGGAGGCGGUCAUCAAGGCUCUACUCGAGAAGGCUCUUCCCCCCCACAUGAGGCACGUUAAGUCCCUUAAAGAUAUGAAAGAACUACGUGUUGAGAUUAACGCAUCCACAGGUUUCCCUGUUUGUCCCAUCACCAACGCGGACCUGAGCAGUGGCGUGCGCGCGUCCAUCGUUUGGCCCUGCGGCUUCAUCAUUUCCAACAGAGCCUUAGAAGCUAUGACGCUUAAGGAUGGAGAAAGUAACAAACUCGACAGCAACAGCAACAGCAACAGCAGCAACAACAAGAGCACCAGCGUGGAAUCUGGGCGCCCGAAGAUUAGGGGCUCUUUUGUAUGUCCAAUGUGCGCUAAGGAGCAUGAUGCAACAGAAGACCUCAUUCCGCUUUCUCCUGAUGAGGAGGAGACAUCUCAGCUCCUGGAAAAGGCGCUGCUGCAGCAGCAAGCAAAACUAGCGGCCAAGAAGAAAAACAAAGCAGCAGCAGCCGCAGCAGGCCCCAGUGCUGCCUCAGGUAGCAGCACCGUCACUCCGUCGUCUGCUCAGACCGAUGCGAAAGAGGAGGCGGAGAAGCCGAAGGCCACAACCCCUGAAAAUACAACGGGCACGCCAGCAAGUCACGCUUCGAAUAAAAGGAAACACGAAGUACUCGCACCACUCCCAACAUCUAAGCUUCUCAGAGAUUGGGUCUUAGAGGCUGAAGCUGCCGACCUGCCACCUCCCGCCAACAGCUCGAAACACAGAAAAGUUGUUGCAUAG